AUGGCUAUCCAGCAAUUUUUGACACACUUUCAGACAGAUAAGCCAGUUAUGUUCUUUUUGACAAAGGACUUUGAGAAUAUUGCCCGAAAACUGAUAACAAAGUUUCUCAAGUCUUCUGUUCUCUGUUCAUCAGUGGGAAUCACUAGCCUCUUGAAGAUUGACUUUGAAGAUCUAAAUAACCAUGUGCCAUUCGAGAAGAUAGAUGUUGGUCCCACAGCUGAGCAGCUUCUUAAAAACAACAAAGUUUCAGUGGAAAACAUGAAAGAAGUGCCUAAAAUUUCACAGCACAUUAUGUGUGAUGCUGCACACGUAGCAGGUGACAUUUCCAAUGUGCCCAUCCCAAAGGAAUUGAGAGCAUCUGUCGCUUCUGUGAGGAACCAAUACCGUGCCUUUUUGGAAACACAGAAAAAGAAGGAUCGUGAAAAUGCGAAACAGAAGAAGAAACGGUGCAUUGAUGAAGAGGUUAAAACUCUCGGAAGGAAGAAAAAUAAACUAGAAGCUGCUGUUGCAGAAUUGACAGUUUCAGCAGACUCAUAUGCAGAAAAAGCGGAGGUAACCAGUGACCUAACUUGCAUCAUGAAGUCAAACAGCCUAAGCAAGACUGCCAAGAGCAAGCAUCAGGAGAUCUUGAACAUUGACGUAAAUAUUCAGAGAAGCGACAUGAAGCCAACUAAGGACUGGGGCUUCGCCUCCCUCCCAGGAGCACCUCGCAAACGCCAACCUGUUCCCCUCGUCAUCCUCACUGCCUUGUGCCUGCUGGUCGGGGUCGCCAUGGCCUUCAUUGCCGUAUUCGACGUUGUCAUGAGGUUGCGGCGGGGCGGUCGCGCGCUUUCGACGCAGCCGCCCCCAGCGGCGUGCCGAGCCGCGAACCGCAGCGUCUGCUUCCUGAAGAUGCACAAGUGCGCCAGCUCCUCGGUGCAGAACGUGCUGAUGCGAUACGGCGAGGUGCGCAACAUGACGUUCGCGCUGCCCUCGCGCGGCAACCUGCUGGGCUACCCGCGCGCCUUCGAGCGGACGAUGGCCGCGGUCGGGAAGCCGCCGUUCGACUUCCUGGCGCACCACACGCGGUUCAACGAGUCCGAGAUGCGGGCCGUGCUCAAACCGGAAGUCGUCUUCGUCACCAUCGUUCGCGAACCGGCCGCGCUGUUCGAGUCGCUCUACUCGUACUUCGAUUACGAGGCGAGGUGGCCAGUUUCUCUAGAACAAUCUGCCCACCAUCCUUCAACAAAUCUGCUGAGGAAGAACGAACUGGGCUCGCGCUACUGGCUGGGCUUCGACCAGAUGAGCUUCGACCUCGGCUUCGAUUUCACGCAAGCUGACAAUGCUUCCGCAGUGGACGCCUUCCUUGAACACGUGGACGCGGUUUUUGACCUCGUCAUGGUUGUCGAGCGCCUGAACGAGUCGCUCGUUCUGCUUCGAGACCUGCUCUGCUGGGAGAUGGACGACGUCGUCAUGUUCAAGAUCAACGCACGGCGUACAGUGUACCAACGUCCACCGAACGGGACGCUGGCGGCCGAUCUCCGGUCGCUGAACGCUUUGGACGUGAAGCUGUACGAGUACUUCACGAGGCGCUUCGACGAACGCGUGCAAUCGUUCGGGCGGGAACGGAUGCGGAGAGAACUGCGCCUGCUGCAGCAGAGGACGGAGUACUGGUACCAGCAGUGCGUCGCUCAGGAGAACGAGAGAGGCAAGAAAGCUCACCAAUCUCUAAUGCUGACGUACCGGGUGAAGAACAAGACCUCUCACCUAUGCGGCCUCAUGACGCUACACGAGAUGACCUUCACGCAGCGGUUACGAACUAUCCAGCUCGAGCGCUUCUCUUCCGCUAAUUCAACGCUUGCUGCUUAAAAAUACAACACUCGCUCGAAUGCGCUUAUUUUGCUUCAA